GGCCAAGCUGGCGAUCACAGAGUGGAUUCUCUUCAAAUCCAUCAAUUAACCACGGGGAAGGCUCAAUUCGGUGAAGGCCUCAACCAAAGGAGGCUCCAUUCUCUGCUAUGUGGCCGAUUCUGCCAUGGUUGUACAGAAAUGGUGGACUAGAGGUCAUGACUUGGGAUAUUCUUCUUUGUCUGCCAUGUCCCCUGAAGAUAUUUCUUAGUGGCUUCAGUGGAUUUAGUUCAAGAAAUGGUGGUUUCCAUCUAAUCCAUUCAGUUUUUCAACCCUUUCAAUGAUGCAUGUUGUCAAGAUAGACGUGAAUGCCACGGGACUAAAACGAAAACUGGAUCGGAAAAGAGAAAGGGCCACAUUAUCAGACUCUCAAAAGUCGUGCGUUUAUGUGUCCGUCUUUUUCUAAUUUAAGCCCUAGUUUACAGAGCAGAUUCUCUCCAAAUCCUUCAAUUAACCACCAGGAAGGCUCAAUUCGGUGAAGGCCUCAAACCAAGGGUGACACAAUAACCUUCCAAUAUGUAUACCAAUGUAUCAAGACUGAAAUGAUGCCUACGACUAUACAUAUUUGUGACAGCAAUUGUAACGAGAAAAGACAUUAUCAAGUUCAGAGUUUUCGUCUUGGGCUUUGAUAGGAGGAUAUGACCAUUGUGUUGACGGUAAAAACUAGUACUGCUGUUCCAAGUAGUAGUUCUGCUUCUGCCAAUGAUGCUCUGCAAUCUGAAUAGCUUCAAGAGAGACUCGAAGUUUUUGAGGGACAACAAGCUCAACACCUGCAAGAUGAACCACAUGAGUCAGAAGAAGAUACUGACGACGAGAAUCCCUUCCAUCACCUAAGGGAUAAUGAAAGCUCAUCAUCAACAGGAAAAGUUUGUCAUCGACAACCUCCCCAACAAAAUGCUGCUCCCAAAUCCACUGACCUUGGCAUCAAAAUCGAUAUUCUAGAUUUUGAAGGUCGCCUUCAACCCGAUGAAUUUAUUGACUGGUUGCACAUUGUGGAACGUGUGUUUGAACUCAAGGAUAUUCUUGACGACAAGCGUGUGAAGCUCGUCGCCAUCAAAUUAAAGAAACAUGCAUCCAUUUGGUGGGAGAAUCUCAAACGUAGUCAAGAAAGAGAAGGCCGCAGCAAAAUUAGAACUUGGGAGAAAAUGCAUCGGGAGCUCACUCGUAAGUUUUUAACUGACCGUUACUACCAAGAUAAUUUUGUUAAAUUUCAUAACUUGCAACAAAAAUCUUUGACUGUGGAAGAAUAUACUAUGGAGUUCGAACAAUUAAUGAUGAAGUGUGAUGUUCGGGAAAAGGACGAGCAAACCAUAGCUCGAUAUCUUGGAGGAUUGGACUAUGACAUUUCCAAAGUUGUUCAACUUCAACAAUAUUGGACUUUGGAUGAUGUAAUUCGACUAGCAUUGAGGGUUGAAAAGCAAAUCUCAAAGAAGAAUAUCACUAGUGCUUCAAAACCGCAAGAUUUUGGAACCAAUCGAAGGACUCAAGCCUCAAAAACUGUUGCUAAGACCCCUGCCAAGACUGAGAAAGAAGCUAUCCAUGAUGGCCAUGCCAACACCUACUCGUUUGUGAAAGAUGGUGUGAAGGUCAAGCUCACUCCCCUGAAGCCUGAAGAAACACUUGAAAAGAAGGAUGAGGACAAGGCUUUAAUCUCCAGAUCAACCUUUCAGAAGUUGCACCAAGAGUCGGGAAUAGCAUGUCUCCUACUAUUAUCCAAACAUGCCAUUGAUUUCAUCCCAGGAUCUGUCAUCCCAAACAAGCCUGCUUAUUGGAUGAACCCUCAAGAGUAUGCGGAACUUCAACGACAAGUCAAAGAACUGAUGGAGAAAGGACUUGUUAAGGAAAGCGCUAGCCCAUGUGCCGUGCCUGUGCUACUCAUCCCAAAGAAAGAUGGAACUUGGAGAAUGUGUGUAGAUAGUCGAGCAGUCAACAAAAUCACUAUCAAGUACCGCUUCCCAAUUCCAUGCCUUGAUGAUAUGCUUGAUCAACUGCAUGGAGCUACUGUCUUCUCAAAGAUUGAUUUGAGAAGUGGAUAUCACCAAAUUCGAAUGCGUCCCGGUGAUGAAUGGAAGACAGCAUUCAAAACUAGAGAUGGUUUGUAUGAGUGGACGGGCAUGCCAUUCGGAUUGUCUAAUGCUCCUAGCACUUUCAUGCACCUUAUGAACAAGCACCUAGACCAUCUCCUGCAAGUUUUUAAAGUCCUUAGAGAGCAUAAACUUUAUGCUAAUCUCAAGAAAUGUUCAUUCCUCACUACAAGUGUGACAUUUCUUGGAUACAUUAUCACUGCUCAAGGUAUCAAGAUGGACCCCAUGUUAAGUCAAGAAGGUCAACCCAUUGCCUUCUUCAGUGAAAAGUUGAAUGACACAAAGCUCAUAUAUUCCACCUAUGACAAAGAAUUCUAUGCAAUUGUUCGAGCCUUGGAGCAUUGGAGUCAUUAUCUUCUUUCAAAAGAAUUCAUCUUGUACUCUAACCAUGGGGCAUUGAAGCACCUGAAUUCUCAAUAGAGGAUUAGUCGUUGACAUGCUGCUUGGAGUGAAUUUCUACAAGCUUAUCCUUUCCUCCUCAAAUACAAAUCUGGAGUCCAGAAUUGUGUAGCUGAUGCUCUGAGUCGCUGACAUGCCUUGCUUACUUCUUUACAGAUGAAAGUCACUGGAUUUGAAGUGAUCAAGGAGUUGUAUGAGGAUGAUCCUGAUUUUAGCAACAUUUGGCAAGCCACUUCUAAUCAAGC